CGUGGCCAGAGGCGGUCACUAGGACCUGCCGGAGCGCAGCGGACGUCACGGAGCGGCGUCCAGGCCGCUGGUUGAGCGGGAGGCGCGAGUGGUCGGGUCGGUGGUUCCCAGCGCUGGGGCCGAGCCCCGAGCCGCGCCCAGAGGCCGGAGCCGGUGGCGGUAAGGAUGACCACACUCACGCGUCAGGACCUCAACUUUGGUCAAGUGGUGGCCGACGUGCUCUGCGAGUUCCUGGAGGUGGCCGUGCACCUAAUCCUCUACGUGCGCGAGGUCUACCCGGUGGGCAUCUUCCAGAAGCGUAAGAAGUACAACGUGCCUGUCCAGAUGUCCUGCCACCCGGAGCUGAACCAGUAUAUCCAGGACACCUUGCACUGUGUCAAGCCACUCCUGGAGAAGGGAGGUGGCGGUGGUGUGUGGGUUACCCGAUUCUGGAGUAGGGGAUUCCUGUUCUUGCAGAAUGAUGUGGAGAAAGUGGUGGUAGUAAUUUUGGACAAAGAGCACCGCCCAGUGGAGAAAUUCGUCUUUGAAAUCACCCAGCCUCCACUGCUGUCCAUCAGCUCAGAUUCCCUGCUGUCUCACGUGGAGCAGCUGCUCCGAGCCUUCAUCCUGAAGAUCAGUGUAUGUGAUGCGGUCCUGGACCACAACCCCCCAGGUUGUACCUUCACGGUCUUAGUGCACACGAGAGAGGCUGCCACUCGCAACAUGGAGAAGAUUCAGGUCAUCAAGGACUUUCCCUGGAUCCUGGCGGAUGAGCAGGACGUCCACAUGCACGACCCCCGGCUGAUUCCACUAAAGACGAUGACGUCAGACAUUUUAAAGAUGCAGCUGUACGUGGAAGAGCGAGCUCAUAAAAGCAGCUGAGGGUGUGCCUGCCCCCACCGUGGAUGCUACAACUGUUGGACACUGUGGGCCCCCCGCCUUGGGCAGUGCUAUGGGGCCCCCUGAUUCCAAGUGCACUUAUUGCCUGUGUGUCCGGACCACCUACCCUCCAGCGCGGCGCUGCUCAGGUCUGCUUGCCUUCAUGGAGAAACUCUCCCCAGGAGGACAGGGAAGGAUGCCUGGACCUUGAUUUCUGUCUUAGCCUCCUGGGAUUUGGCCGGCCAACACGGCCUGUGUCUCAAAUACUGUGCUGUGAGUUGUUUCAAUAAAGGGCCCCAAGGGCUGA